AUGAAUGUGUGAUGCUGACACCGUGCAGUCCUGCAGCUAACUGUUCAGACACUAUUGGGUCCUAUCAGUGUGUUUGUCAGAGUGGAUUUACUGGUGAUGGGCUACACUGUCAAGAUAUCAAUGAAUGCUUGUUAGGAGUGCAUACUUGCCGAACAAUCGCCACCUGUGUGAAUCAGCCGGGUUCUUUCCAAUGCCAAUGUCCUAUUGGCUAUCAAACAUCUGGACAGCAUAACUGUGCAGAUGAGAAUGAGUGUAUGGACAGCACAGUACACAAGUGCAGUGUGAAUGCUAUCUGUAACAACACUGCUGGCUCCUACUCAUGUAACUGUAAAUCUGGAUUUCAAGGAGAUGGUACCACAUGCACAGAUAUCGAUGAAUGCAGACAACCAGUACCAACGUGCCAUAGCAAGGGUGCAACCUGUACAAAUACCAUUGGGAACUUUACCUGCACUUGCAGCUUUGGGUACUCUGGUGACGGAUUCAUUUGUGAAGAGAUUGACAACUGCUUACCAACGUCAUGUGACAGCAGAGGAAACUGUAGCAGCAACAUUGGUGGAUUUACUUGCCAAUGUAACCCAGGUUACUGUGGUAAUGGACUACCAGGAAUGUGUGAUAAUGUGAAUGAAUGUGUGAUGCUGACACCGUGCAGUCCUGCGGCUAACUGUACAGACACUAUUGGAUCAUAUCAGUGUGUUUGUCAGAGUGGAUUUACUGGUGAUGGGCUACACUGUCAAGACAUCGAUGAAUGCUUGUUAGGAGUACAUACGUGCCAAACAAUCGCCACCUGUGUGAACCAGCCGGGUUCUUUCCAAUGCCAAUGUCCUAUUGGCUAUCAAACAUCUGGACAGCAGAACUGUACAGAUAAGAAUGAGUGUAUGGACAGCACAGUACACAAAUGCAGUGUGAAUGCUAUCUGUAACAACACUGCUGGCUCCUACUCAUGUAACUGUAAAUCUGGAUUUCAAGGAGAUGGCAUCACAUGCACAGAUAUCAAUGAAUGUAACCAAGCAGCGCCGGUGUGCCAUAGCCAGGGUGCAACCUGUACGAAUACCAUUGGAAACUUCACCUGCACAUGUAACUUUGGAUACUCUGGUGACGGAUUCAUUUGUGAAGAAGUAGAAAACUGCUCACCGGGUAUGUGUGAUUCCAGAGCCAACUGCACAAGCGUCAUCGGUUCGGUUUAUUGCCGUUGUCACGCAGGGCACACAGGCUCUGGAUGGCCUGGCUCGUGUUUCAAUGUGAAUGAAUGUGUGACGCUGACACCGUGCAGUCCUGCAGCUAACUGUACUGACACUAUUGGAUCAUAUCAGUGUGUUUGUCAGAGUGGAUUUACUGGUGAUGGGCUACACUGUCAAGAUAUCGAUGAAUGUUUUCUGGGAGUGCAUACAUGCCAAACAAUCGCCACCUGUGCGAACCAGCCAGGCUCUUUCCAAUGCCAAUGUCCUAUUGGCUAUCAGGCAUCUGGACAGCACAGAUGUGAAGAUAUCAAUGAGUGUGAUGAGCGUAUGUGCGAUGCCGAUGCAGACUGCACGAAUACAGCCGGGUCGUACGCUUGCAAAUGCUGGUCAGGGUUCACUGGGAACGGAUCUUACGGCCACUGUGAAUACUUGCCCGCCACAAGUUCAGCAUCCGCAGACGACUCAAUCACCGUCAGCAUUCUGGUUGGAACAGCGUUUGCCAGCUUCGUGUUCGGUGCUGUGUUUUUCUGCCUCCUGUCGGCAAUGAUUCUGAGGUGGUCUAAGCAGGACAGGGUUACUCGUCCAGUACGCAAGCCCUUUAUUGAUCCAAACUUGGCUUUCGAUGAUGUGGAACUGACGCAAGCAGACAUGCUUGCACAUACUGGAAGUAUUCUAGGUGCCAAUGAGCCUGGUCAUCUCAACAGUUUCCACAGAAGAACAGAAGAAGUUCUGUAUUAGAAAUUGGACAUCCUGAACAUGUCAAUGCAUAUCUGAUAAUUGAUGCACAGACCUUAGUUGUCAACAGGAUCCACUUGUUUCAACGCGUAUCUGGUAAAUUAUGUUAUUGAUGAUGCACAGACCAUCGUUGUCCACAGGAUUCACUUGUCAUUAAUUGAUGAUUGUUGUUGAAUUCUAUAUUCUCACGAUGGCACCAUCGCCAAUAAGAGAUGUUGUUGUUGUUGUUGUAGAAGUAUACAGAUUUCUUCCGACUAUUUAAAUUUCCAGAGUGGCAUCUUGGAAGACAACAUUAUUUUUCUUUGCUUCUGAAGAAGCCGUUUCGUUCUCCAAAACCUUUUUUCAACGCUACACGUGUAGGAUCAAUUUUCUUUCUCUCGCGCCCUCAGACUACAUUCGCAUAACCUCUGUAGCAUACAUGUACAUGUACAUUGUACCCUAUUGACGUUUUGCUUAUGAUUUCUCAGUCGAUUCGGCUAUGGCCCUAUGGGCGCUUUGCAAGCAGCGUGAGUCAGCAGA